CGUUUAGUUGUCGAUGCUCUAAACAUGAGAGAAUAAGUCCAGUCCGUUGGCAUGAGUCAGGAGUCUAAAGGUCUAGCGCCUGUCACCGUGACGCAGCAAGUAGAACCCAUGUUGUAGCAACGCCUAAGGUGAACGAGCUGUAAAGUCUGGCAUUGGCUGCGGACUUGAGUGAAGUUACAUGUUACACUUUACGACUGGUGUAGGGGUGUACUCUAACGAACAACUGUGUAUAUACCUGUCAGCACACUGAGUUGUGGUCAAAACACUUGACUCAGUCAUGCGCGAGCACACAAAGUAUCAUUUCCUCCACACACUCUCUCUCUUACACAUUCUCUCUCUCUCACUCACACACACACACACAGAGUAGAGAUCUAGUUGAAGUAUACGCCUUCCAUCCCUCAAGAAGAACUAGAAGCAUCUGACUGAUGAAUGUGGACUUUUGGGUCAAGAACCUGCUACAUCAGACCACUUUAUCUGUCAGACCAUUAGAAGCCAGGGCCUGUUGAACCACUCGCACUGAAAACGUCCCUGCGCACUACCCAAGCUCACGCACCCCCACGCAUGCAUCACGAGCAAAUUUCGAGUGAAGAAGUCGUCAGCAGUGACACAGAAGCACGCGAGGAAACUGAGGCAGGUGUUUGUCUUGGUGACCGCCGCUCGGUGCCACACAAACUGACAUCUGUAGAGUACUUAUCACGAUGUUCAGUACCAUUACUACGAACUCCAAAGAUAAUGAAGUAUUGCUGACGAGUUCAACAGACAUAUGUCCAUUGCCCUGAACACAAGUUCAGCACGUGCACCUAGAACCUCGUGAAUGCGCAAUCACAGUUAAGUUUUUUUCAAGUUGUCUGUUCUCGACAAUUUUCGACUUUUCGAAAACCCUCGUGAUCUUGGAUAGUCCUUGGAUGUCAUCUUACGAUUCGUGAUGUCAGCUAAGUCAGGGUGUCGGGAUGCUUAGUGUCAAAAACAUUGACUUUAAAUAACCAAAGACAGUUUUGAGGUGGAGCGCGUGAAAGGCGUGACGGGUCACAAAGCAAGUAGCGGUACAGGUUAGAGAAUCAAAGAGUGACGGACUCUUUCGCCGACCAAAAGGUGUAGUCAGGUUUUUGAUGGUACUUGAAUACGUUAUUUACACGGCCAAUCAAUGUAUACAGGACUUGUAGAUGAGCCAAGCGUAGGCACAUAGUCAAGCAAAAACAAACGCAUUCAGGAAUGGACUAAUACCCGCGCUCACAGGAGAAAAAGCAGAAAUCGGAAAACGGGUAACUACCGUGUUGACAAUUCAGGCAUUGACAGAGGAGAAAAGUGCAAUUAAUAGGGGUAAUAGGAGUAGGGGGGAAAACCUCGCGUGAUGCCAACCGUCAGGAUGACUCGUGCACCAUGUCACGUCAGAUGCUGUCGGCCAUAACAUCACAUGACAGUGCAGACGUCAGGAUUGUGUCAGGUGAGGCAUUUCCUGGGCUGUCAAAGCAAACCAGAGGUCAGUGGGUACAGGUUUGGUGUCCACCUCUGCUGUGAGGAGGAAAGAGAAGACAGCUCAUUUACUGCAGAGAUUAACAAAGAUCUGUUUGCAACAGGUAAGUGGAGAGAUGCACAUACCCGUCUUAAUGCGAAGGUUGACAGCUUUUACCUCUGGUAGGUAUGCCUCCUGAUAUCUGUAGGGAGGGAAGUCAUGCGGUUGAAUAUUUCUAUGGAGCUUUGAUUAUCUUUUAUAAUUUUGUACGGUCCUUAAGUUUCAAACUUAGACGACGGACAAGGAAGCUAGACGAUAGACAACAACGGCUUCCACACUUCUAAUGGCAGAGGAGACUUCAUGCACUAACCAGGUGACCUCAUGACGGCCCCACGGCGGCUCUGAUUUUAUUAAAGAGUUGGUGAGUGAGUUUCACCUGGACAAACACGACACGACAGUACACCCUAUAGUCUGUCGGGUGUAUCUAUCCAACUGUUGACGUGUUGCAACCUCCCUCUUGUCUGCGGACUUUACCAUGUCUGACCAGCUAAUGAACUUCGCCCGGAGGUGGUUUCAUAACUGCCGCGUGCCGCUGGUGGAGGUAGACGGCCUGCCCCUCCCACCCUUCUACCUCACCCGAGAUGCGUGGAGCAAACAUCUCAACAGCAUCAGAGCCAUGAAGCUGCGGGGUGAUGAUGUCAUCAUAUGCGCAUACCCGAAAGCAGGUACCCACUGGGUGUGGGAAAUGACAGCAAUGCUGCUGAAGGAACAAGCAGAGUACGAGUCCCGGGCCAAAGAGCUGCUGAUGCUGGACCUGACGCCGGUGAAGAAGCUGGACGUCUUGCCGUCUCCCCGGAUCCUCAAUACCCACCUGCCCUUCCUCAUGCUGCCCGUUCAGCAGAUCCUGGCGGAAAGAGUGAAGGUCGUACACGUGUACCGGAAUCCCAAGGAUGUGAUGGUGUCGAUGUAUCAUCACAUGCGUCAGUUCCCUCUGGUGCGUGGCCACGCUGACUCUCUGCAACAGUGUCUUCAAGCCUUCCUGACGGGCAGAGUGAUAUAUGGCCACUACGGCCACUUUCUGAACCAGAUGAACAGCUUCAUGGAGGACAACCCUGGCGUGCCUGUCUUCAACAUUGCCUACGAGGACAUCAAGAAGCAAUGUAAGCGUAUUUGUGCGCUUCUGACUGUCGGACAGGACCCACGGGACAGUGUGCGGCGACUGGCCGAGUUUCUCGGUGUCGAUGUGACCCAGGAGCUAGUGGAAGACAUUGUGGAGGCUUGCAGCUUCAGUAAGAUGAAGAAAGUAGACGAAAUCAAAGAGCAGGUUGCCUUCUUUGGCAUGCCCAUUGGACAGAAGCUGUAUCGCAAGGGGAAGGUGGGCGACUGGGAGAACCAUCUGACCGAAGAGGAGAGCCAGUUGUUCGACACAGACUUCAGCAAGGUGCUGGACACUACACGAUUCCACUUCCAGGACAGAUUAUGACCUCACUAGCCUCAGUAGCUGGGUAGAUGUGGCAUGUUGUUACUACUCUGUCUUUCUAUUUUUAGUAGUGAAAUCUAGUAUCACAGAUCAUUUGCAAUGAGUAUAUUAAAUUAUUAAAGAACAUUUUAUUUGUGGAUACUGUUUUCAAUCUCGCGACAGUUCAUCAGGUGGUUCAGCUGGAGAAUCAGCAAGUCUCUGGUCUAGGAUGACAAGGAAUGUUUGCGCGCCCUGAUAUGUGUACGUGUAUAUGAAGUACUUUGUUGGUUGGUUGGUUGGUUGGUUGGUUGAUUUCGUAACAAAGUGCUUCAACCUAGCGCACUAUGAUGGAGAGGGAGGGAGGGAAACAGAUCUGAACCCAGAUGACAAACGAGGGUCGACUUGCUCUAAUAAGCUUAGCAAGACAUGCAAUACCUGAAAUGCUAAAUUCUAGAAGGUAGACAUGAAAUAUCUGCAAUGCUGAAAGCUAUGAGGAAGACAUGAAACAACUUUAAUGCUGAUGGCGACAUGAAAUACCUGGAACGCUGAAGAAUAUGAGACAUCAAAUACCUGUAAUGCUGAAAGCUGUUACGAAGACAUAUUGUAAUGCUGAAGUUUGUGAGAGACAUUCAGGAUUAGGGCCCAGCUGAAGAUUAUGAAGUAUUCACACAAUAGCUUACUUGUCAAGCGGCAGUUGGGGAGUGGCUGCACUACAACUGGCUUUUGACGUGAAGUACUUUUGAAGUGGACCUUGUCCCGCACGCCAGUCGUGAAUAAAUUUCUUUGAACAAUAAUGUUGUUUAUGAUGUGCCCGCCGGCUGGCUGUAUUUUUUGUAUAAUAAAAUUGGUUGGAAUAUGU